AAUGGCUUCCAGAUCAGAGGAGGAUCUCUGCUGUCCGGUCUGUCAGCAGGUCUUCAUAGAUCCUGUUCUUCUGUCAUGUAGCCACAGCUUCUGUAAAGACUGUCUGAAGAGAUGGUGGAGAGAGAGACCAACACGCGAGUGUCCACUUUGUAAGAAAAUAUCAGAGUAUGAUCCAUCUUUAAACCUGGACUUACAGAACCUGUGUGAGUCAUUCUUACGGGAGAGAGAUCAGAGAGCUUCAGAGGCUCUCUGCAGUCUGCACUCUGAGAAACUCAAACUCUUCUGUCUGGACCAUCAGCAGCCAGUGUGUGUCGUCUGCAGAGACUCAGAAAAACACGCCAAUCACAGAUUCAGACAGAUCCAUGAAGCUGCACAACAACACAAGAAGGAACUUCAGGAAACUCUGGAGCCCUUAAAGAAGAAGUUAAAGGUUUGUGAAGAGGAUGAAGUGAAGUUUCAUCAAACAGCAAAACACAUUAAGGUCCAGGCCCGACACACAGAGAGGCAGAUUAAAGAGCAGUUUAAGAAGCUUCACCAGUUUCUAGCAGAGGAAGAGGAGGUCAGGCUGGCUGCACUGAGGGAGGAAGAGGAGCAGAAGAGUGGGAUGAUGAAGGAGAAGAUGGAGGCUCUGAGCAGAGAGAUAGCAGCUCUUUCAGACACAGUCAGAGCCACAGAGGAGGAGCUGAGAGCUGAAGACGUCUCAUUCCUGCACAACUACAAGGCUGCAGUGGAAAGAGUCCAGCGCUGCCCCCUGCUGGAUGAUCCACAGCUGCCCUCAGGAGCUCUGAUAGACCAGGCCAAACACCUGGGCAACCUGACCUUCAACAUCUGGAACAACAUGAAGGACAUGGUGUCCUACACUCCUCUCAUUCUGGACCCAAACACUGCUCAUCCAGACCUCUUCCUGUCUGAAGAUCUGACCAGUGUGAGACGACGAGGAGAGAGGCAGCAGCUUCCUGAUAAUCCAGAGAGGAUUGAUUAUUCCUGUUCUGUCCUGGGCUCUGAGGGCUUUAACUCAGGGACUCACAGCUGGGAUGUCGAGGUUGGUGAUAAUACAGGGUGGGGACUAGGUGUGUUAGCAGAAUCUGUGCAGAGGAAGGGAAGUGUACGGUCUGGAUUAUGGGGAAUAGGGUUCUAUGAAGGUAAAUACUCAUCAUUUUCACCAUCAGCUCCACCCACUGCUCUCUCAGUAGAGAAGAAGCUCCAGAGGAUCAGAGUGAAUCUGGACUGGAACAGAGGAAAGCUGUCGUUCUCUGAUCCUGAUACUAACACACACAUACACACCUUCACACACACUUUCACUCACAGGAUGUUUCCAUAUAUUUGGUCUGGUAAAUUGAACGUGUUGCCAUUGAAGGUGUCAGUGUCAGUGGAGCAGAUGAGUUGAGGAUGAUGAUAUUUCUAAUGUUGUUUCCUGUCAGUGAAUUGAAGUUUUUAAACUGCAGCUUGGUUUCUUUCUGUUCCGAAAGCUUCACAAACAAGUGUAAAAAUCACUAAAAAAGUGUCAUAAUUCAGCCACAUUAUGUGUCAGAUGACAUGGAGUAGAGAGUUUGAAGUUCUCUUUGGUCACCCUUGUUAUUACACCUGAGACAGAGUAAUAGCCUCAACAUCCAGUGUUAUAAGAGAUUUAUAGUGCUAAAGCUAAAGCACUCUUUUCUUUGUAUACUUUGGCUAAUAGUAGCUUUACUUAAAAAUGUAUAAAUGAAAUACAAUAUGAGAAUAUAAUGGUAAAUUAUAUAAUGGUAAGUCUAAUAAUAACCCUUUCACUAUAAUGCCUGGCUAGAAACGGCCUUGAGAGAAAUGAGGGUGUGUGCAGCGAAUAAAAAAACACAACACACUCUGAUAUCUGAAUACCUAACUCCUAUGGCAUGAUACAUUAGCUAAUAAAAAGGAAUUGUAUUGGGUAAAUUGCCAUUGACAAACAGUUUCAAAGAGAAAAUGUGUUUGGAUUAAUGCCCUAAUGAAAUAUAAAUGUGUUGGAAUUUCUAUAUUAAUAACAGAAAGAAAAUGUAAAUAGGUAUUGCAAUGAAAUAACCUUAAUUAAAAGCAGGUGAAAGGUCAGGGAGGUAAACAGAUGUUACUGGAUGGCUAGAUAUAGGUGGAGAUGGUGGAGUCUUGAUAGAGCAUAAAUUGAGGAGCACAGAGGCAUCUUUGUCAGUCUCCUGCAUCCUGCAAGAUGAGCAGUUAAAGGACUGAAGUUCCCCAUUGGAAAUUCCAGCAGAGAUACCGAAGUGACUGACGGCUGCUCCAAUCUGUAGACUUACAAAUUGGACUUGGCUCUAUCUUUGCUCAUCUUCAUCGUUGCCAUGUUGGAUUAUAAUUCUGUGAAAGAUUUGGAUUUCCAUUAUUCUCCGCGUGGAUGGACAGCUUCUACUUUUUGUUUGUAUGUAUUGUCUUAGGGUCUAUUUUACUUUUCUUUUUUUUUUU